AUGCUCGUGUUUAUGGACAGCUUAACCCAAGCCAAGGACGAAGGACUCAUGUCGGAUGCCAUAUUUUUCGACUUCUCAAAAGCAUUUGAUAAGGUCCCACACGUCCCGCUGCUCCACAAACUCGAGUCUCACGGGAUUCAAGGGAAAAUCCGCUGGAUCAAAGUGUUCCUAUCAGGCAGAUCAUUCCGAGUGAGAAUAGGCUCGACCUACUCCUCUCCAGCACCGGUCUCCAUUGGAGUUCGUCAAGGCUCCGUCUUGGGACCACUCCUGUUUCUGAUCUACGUCAACGACCUCCCAGACGUUGUUGCGAGUCCAUGUCUACUUUUUGCGGACGACUUGAAAUCCUGGAGUUCCAAUGCCAGUGCCCCCCAAAUGGAUGUAGACGCUGCCAAGCAGUGGUCGUUGGACUGGCACCUUCCUCUGAAUGAUGAAAAACCGCUCCUGGAGUACGCCAACAAAGUUGUCUACUCAGGACGUACGAAAGACGUUACCCUCAUUGAGCGUGUCCAGCGGGCCGCCACGAGAAUAGUUGCCGGCCUCAAGUCCGUGGACUACGAAACGCGUCUCGCGACGCUUGAUCUAUUUCCCCUGGAGUACCGUCGCCUCCAAGGGGACCUAAUUCUUACCUACGCCCUGUUUGAACAAAGCUUGACAAACAGGUUUUUUACCGUUGACCCAGCAAACACCCGGCGGGGACAUAUGCUCACCAACCGACUAUCUGUGAUUGCGUACAUCGCGCUACAUUUCCUGUGCCUGCAACCACCUGUGAAUGGCGACCACUACUCCACAUUGGGACUUCCUCGGUCGGCCUCUCAGGCUGACAUUAAAAAUGCCUAUCGCAGACUGGCACAGAAAUACCAUCCGGAUAAAAAUUCUGACGCGGAUGCGGCCCAGAAGUUCAUGGAAGUCAAUGAAGCCUAUGGGGUACUCUCCAAACCAGAAAGACGAGCAGAAUACGAUGCUUUUGGAACGGUACAUGAAGAAAGCGGUGGUCAUUCCCAUGGCUUCCAUCCCAGAUUCCAUAGCCAGUUUAUGCAUGCUCCGUUCGAGGAAAUCUUCGAAUUUUUCCCUGGCUUUUCCAAACAACCGGCGUUUUCUUCCAACGUGAUGGAUAUUGAUUUCCGAAGCUACCGCCUCACCCACCUUCCGAGAACCCGUUCAGUUCCACUUCUCAUUCUUGGCUAUUCAGACUUUUGUAUUCCUUGUCAGCGACUACGACCGUUGUGGUCCCAACUGGCUGACGAACUCACUCCCCUCGGGGCCGCCGUGGCAGCGGUCAAUUUGGAACGAGAUGGGGCGUUGCGAGAUGAGUUACGCGUACUGCAUGUGCCGAGUAUCACCAUAGUGGUUGACGGUCAAAUCAACUACUACUCACAAAGUGGAUUUGCUCAUGGCCAGAUAAUCGAUACCCUACGGCAGAUCUUACUACGCUCUAACCCUUCGAGGUCCAAGGCUAUACCUUCUUUCAUGAGUACGACUCUGGAUACGCCAUUGAUAUACCACAUCCAGACCAACUCCACUUUCUUUGAGGACUUUCAUCCUGGCUGGCGUCGGGACAGUCGCCCCCGAAUGGUGCUUUUCAAACCGUUGGCUGUACCGUCUUUGCGCUACCUUUUGGCAGCUUUCCGCGCUGCGGAUCACGUUGCCGCAGGAUUUGUCAACACUGAAUCCAGCCAGGCCCGUGAAUUCGUGCGUCACUUUGAUGUACCUGUGAACGAGGAGAGCCUAUUGAUCUUUCAUGAGGACCCCGAUGUACCGGUUUAUAGAGCUUCCGAUGCCCGUCUCUCGCCAACCGACCUGGAUGAGCCAAUUAUGGCCUACAGUCAAAUGACCGUCCCUCGGAUCUUCAGUACCGCCCGCCUUUUAGAUCUGUGUCCCACGGACGGUGCGGAGCCUAGAAGCCAGUUUGCUUCAGCAUCUGAAUUGCGGACGGGUAAACUGAAAGCGAAUGGUGGUCAUCGAACACACCGGCACUUUUGCCUCGUCCUGCUGCUCCAUUCGAAAUUGGCCAAUUUAGAGGCGAAACCGGUCGGACAUGCAGACCAUUGGCUGUCCGCAUUACGCUCCUUGGAACCGUUUGUGCGCGAACAGAUUCAACGCAUUCGUAGCCCGCACCAUGUUCUCCAGGUUAAACUCGUCCAUGUAUACAUGGAUCGUCAGGCUACAUGGCUUCGACGACUGUCGUAUAGUGCAAACGGCUUCCCAGUCGAUCUCACUUCUCCCGGACUGAAGUUGUAUAUCCCUCCCUGUUCCUUUACUCACCACUAUCCAGAUAACAUUGGUCGCCUCGUACUUCUAUGGCGGAUUAGUCCCACUCAUACCGCAGUCUCUAUGCUACCCGUAAACUCGGAGGCUCACCCUUCCAACUUGUUGCCUCUUUCCGCUAAUCCGAUUCCUGUCGACUGGUCUCCUGCCGUUGCUGCCUCACGAAUACGUACGGCACUGCUGCUUGAUCUGGUUGCCCUGUUGAACCCAGUGGUCGAAAAACGGACGGCGGAUUUUCUUCGCAACCCCAUUCCCCAGAACUGGCAUCUGACAUCGGACUAUGUAAUCGAAGAACAUGUAGUUGACGAGUUAGCGGCACCUCUAUGGCUUCGACUACGUCGCCGACUGUGGCAAUGGAGUGGGGAUGCGGCCGCUUGGUUCCUCGAUCAGCCACUUUCGUUUGUCUUCUCCACGACUGCAAUCAUUUUGGGCCUGCUGCUGUUCAGCCUGACGCGUCUGGUCAUGCAGGCAACGGAGGCCGAACGUCCAAUUCGCCGACCGAAGGUAUCCAAACCGGACGAGGAACCGCGUCCCUCUGAGCAGCCACGGACUCACUCAGCUACCGCACCGCCGAACGGCGUAUCGUCCAGUUCGUUCAGAAAAAUCACACCCGCACCCGUGGUAGCCCUAAAUCCGCUAACAUACGACAGUCUGGUGCUGGAUGCGGUCAGUGGUCAUCAACUGUUAGUUAUUUGUUUGCGUGGAGAUGGUGGUGCCCAAGAUCGCCGACUGUGCGCCAAUUUUGCUUCAAAGACGGCCCAUGUGAUUUCUCCUCGUGUUCGAUGUGCCCAACUUUCUUUGGAACGUUACGCUGGCUGGUAUGCCAAUCUUCUAAGGGUUGCGCGCUCUGGAAUGGCCGUACGUGUGUCACGUGACUCUGACAGUCCCUCCGUCGCCGACCCAGGCACGGUGUUCAUUAACCCAGCCAACUGCGUAGGUACUGUGCUUGCUCUCAACGGUGCAAGGCGGUACUUCAGCAUCUACCACCCAUUGAUGCCUGGUGCAGAGUCCAGUUCGACUGUGUCCGACUCCGAAUCCUCAGUGUACUCGGACACAGAGGCGAAUAUAGGUUCAGUUACUGAUCGACCGCAAAGACGUCUCCCGACCGUUCGAAAGCGCCGAAUCUUUGGACAUAUCUUUGGGAUGGAGUCGGACGAGGAUGAAGACGAACGUCAGUUGCAGUCAUCUUCGCGCAGUCGACCGCCACCACCUGUGUUGCUUGAGAGUGAAUUAUUAGAUGGACUUCCGAACUGGCUCGAUCGUUUGUUCGAAGGCUCUCUACCUCGUUAUCAACUCAUCGAGUGGCCUUCAACUCUUCGCGGAAAUGAAUUGGACGAGUCAGACUGAUCUGCCUGACAAACGUCCCGCCGUUUCUCUCAAUUCUAAUAUCUGCUGUGGCGAUUCCCCUUUGUUCCUGUUCUUUCCUUUUGUUACGGAUUUUAGUUGAUUAUUGCUUUGCAUUUCAAACCAUUCUGGGUAGUGUAUGCGGUCCAGCACAGAGAAAUCCAUAUUAAAUUGAUGGUAUUUUGAGACCAAAUAUACAUGUUGUACAUCGUACUCCGCUCCGUAAUCUGUUCAGUUACUUCUUGGUCAUUUGAUAAAAAUUAAAGAG